ACCCACAGCCCGGAGCUCAGAGCCCAGAGCCCGAGCCAGAUCCCGGCCGGGCCCGAGCGGAGCGGAGCGCGGCGGCGGCGGCGGCUGGGCCGGGAGAGGCUGGCGCGCCGGGCGGCUCCGCGAAUCCUCCGGCAUCCGCCCCGGCGGGCCGCCCCCGCCCGCGGCAGUCCCCCGAGCAGCGGCCCCGCACCGGCGCCUUCCCGGCGGGCAACUGUGAAUCAUGGAGCUUCGCGUGGGGAACAAGUACCGCCUGGGGCGGAAGAUCGGGAGCGGGUCCUUUGGAGAUAUCUACCUGGGUGCCAACAUUGCAUCCGGUGAAGAAGUUGCCAUCAAGCUCGAGUGCGUGAAAACGAAGCAUCCCCAGCUGCACAUCGAGAGCAAGUUCUACAAGAUGAUGCAGGGGGGAGUGGGGAUCCCGUCCAUCAAGUGGUGCGGUGCUGAGGGUGACUACAACGUCAUGGUCAUGGAGCUGCUGGGGCCCAGCCUCGAGGACCUCUUCAACUUCUGCUCCCGCAAGUUCAGCCUCAAGACGGUGCUGCUCCUGGCCGACCAGAUGAUCAGCCGCAUCGAGUACAUCCACUCUAAGAACUUCAUCCACCGGGACGUCAAGCCUGACAACUUCCUCAUGGGGCUGGGCAAGAAGGGCAACCUGGUCUACAUCAUUGACUUCGGCCUGGCCAAGAAGUACCGGGACGCCCGCACCCACCAGCACAUCCCCUACCGGGAAAACAAGAACCUAACUGGCACUGCCCGCUACGCCUCCAUCAACACCCACCUGGGCAUCGAGCAAAGCCGCCGAGAUGACCUGGAGAGCCUGGGCUACGUGCUCAUGUACUUCAACCUGGGCUCCCUGCCCUGGCAGGGCCUCAAAGCGGCCACCAAGCGCCAGAAGUACGAACGGAUCAGUGAGAAGAAGAUGUCAACGCCCAUCGAGGUCCUCUGCAAAGGCUACCCCUCUGAGUUCUCAACAUACCUCAACUUCUGCCGCUCCCUGCGGUUCGAUGACAAGCCCGACUACUCCUACCUGCGCCAGCUCUUCCGCAACCUCUUCCACCGGCAGGGCUUCUCCUAUGACUAUGUCUUCGACUGGAACAUGCUCAAAUUCGGUGCAGCCCGGAACCCCGAGGACAUGGACCGGGAGCGGCGAGAACACGAGCGCGAGGAGAGGAUGGGGCAGCUGCGGGGGUCCGCGACCCGGGCCCUGCCCCCAGGCCCCCCCACGGGGGCUACCACCAACCGGCUCCGCAGUGCAGCCGAGCCCGUGGCUUCCACCCCGACCUCCCGCAUCCAGCAGGCUGGCAAUACUUCUCCCAGAGCGAUCUCUCGGGUCGACCGGGAGAGGAAGGUGAGCAUGAGGCUCCACAGGGGCGCGCCCGCCAACGUCUCGUCCUCCGACCUCACCGGGCGGCAAGAGGUCUCCCGGAUCUCGGCCUCACAGACAAGCGUGCCAUUUGACCAUCUCGGGAAGUGAGGAGGGGCCGCCGGCAGACCAGUGUUUGUUUGCUUAGAAGAUGCAAUGCCCUUGCCACAGAGGAUUCUUGUCCCCUGCCUUCCCCAGCACCUGCAGCCAGGCGGUCAAACGCUGCCCGAAACCAGCUUCACCUCCCAGGUGCCGAGGCCUGCCCCCACCCCUGUCCCCGGCCACUGCUCAGAGGGGCCCACCUCAGCAUCGGAGAGGCGGCGGGUGCCUCACACCACGGGGCGUGCGUGCGCUGGUGUGGGGUUCGGACACAUGAAGGCAGCGGGCUUCUUCCACAGGCUUUUCUUGAGCUUCCGAACCAUUCGCAGGAGACGCGCCCAGCCCCAGCCCGUAAGGAGGCCGUGGCCAGCCUCCUGUGCUGGACCCUGUCCAGCAUCCCCCUAGCAUCUGGGGCCCGUGUGCCUCGUGCGUGUGUGUAGUGUCCAACCUGUGUUGGCCAGGACAGCAGGUGCCCAGCCCCACCUGCCAGGCCGCGUUUCUGUUCUCGUGCCCCUGACUAGGACAUGGGGUGGGCUGUGACCCCUGUGGCCCUCGAGAGGGGGACCUAGUAGGUCCUCGCCCCCAGCCGCAGACUGUCCUCAGCCUGUGGCAGCAGCAACCCCCGUUCCUGGUCUCAGGAUGUAGUCCUGUGAGGCCACUUCCAGAAAGCAUCUGGCUCUUGGGUUGUAAAUUAAUUCCCUGGUCCUGCCGGUUGCCUGGGUCCCCGUCCCCCACCCCACCCCCAGGAGGAGCCCAGGGCCAGGGCUGGGUGUUGGUUUUAUCCAUCCUUCUUCCUUAACCCCCAUUUUUGUUUUUAUUUUAUUUUUGUUUGUUUUCUCUGUGUGUGUAUUUCCUAAUUUAUUUACCUCUGUUUCCCCUUUCUUCUCUUUUCUUUCUUUCCUUUUUUUUUUUUUAAAUUAAAGAGCAAAGCUUUUUAUUACUUUGUAAUUUAAAAAAUCUGAAAAAAAAAAUACUGAAGAACUUUGGGGGGAAUUUUGUACUUUUUUCCUGUGUAAAUAUUGGACUUUUUUGAGCUUUAUUGUGGUUGUUAAUUUGAGGUAAUAAAGUAGAAAAGGAUAAAGUGA